UACAAUUUACGAAAUCAGAUGCCGGUUGGCGCAGUCGAUGCAUAUCAGAUAAUUUUCCCUUCGAAGCGAACUCCGCUUCCGAACGAUAAUUUUGGAGGCAGUGCAAGCGGACGAAUAAGGGAUAUUGAUGAUGCGGAUGAACACCCACUGAUCGUGCGACGGACUCAACUCACGCAGUUGAAUAGGCUUCUCAAGAAACCUGUUUUCAACUUUGCUAACUUGUUCCGGAGAUAUUGA